AGAACAACCGAGUUAACUGUGCUCACGGAACUCGAUAGCAACUCGGUGGGUGCUCCCAGCCAGCAAAGGCCAUCACAUUUUUCCACCCCAAUCAGUUAUCGCUCGGAAUCGGUAACACUUGUACGGUCGUCGUCGUAGCCGUCGUCCCUAGACCUCGUGGAGACAAAGCACGGUGUCCGUGGCCUUCCCAGAAGAGCGGGAAUCCCCCGUUCCUUUGGACCGAGUGUGUGUGAGGAAAAAAGUUUAACAAAAAAACAGAACUUCGGGGUGGAAAAUUCUUCUCGUUACUAGUAAGUGUUGAUGCGGGGAAAAAAAGGACGCGCGUGUCCUCGAAGGAAAUAAAGUGGAAAAGCGGAGAUGCCAAAAUAAGGAAGGGUUGAAAAAGUGUUGAAUUUUGCAGCGGAGUCCCAAAAUUCUUGUUUUAUGCUUUUCACAGUGAUAUGAAAAACUCAUUUAGUGCAAACAGUGUGAACUCUACCGUGAAACAUCGAAACAGAAGAAUGAGAUUCAGACAGUGAUAAACAGAAUUUCAACGAACGUUAACGAUUUCCAACGAUGUAAAUGUUAGGCCAAUAGUCGCCACCCCGGCUGUCGCGUUGGCUCGUACCUACAAAUCUGCACUUAAUGUCUUCUUGAACCCGUCGUCAUCUUCAACCGAGUACAAUUUCCGAAACGUGUGGUGAUAUAACAGUUGUUCAGAAAUUAUUUAGCUUCUGCUUCGCAACUGCGCUUUUCUGCUCAAACACAUCAAUCAGCGCAGCGCCACCACCAGCAACAUACGUGACAAACGCUGCAACUAUUAUCAUCAUUACCAGUAUCAGCCCGGCAGUAGUGACCCGAAGGUGACCUUCGACGGAGCCACCACCCACCACUACCAGCUCGAGAUGGAAACCGUUGGGCACGUGACGGUGCCGCUGCGGGUCGGCGGCAAAAAGAUGCGCAAACGGCGCGAACUGGAUGCACUGGUGGCGCACUCUCUCGCCAAAAGCUCAGGAAAACGUCACAUCGCCGGAAACGGAAUCGCAUCCCAUGAUCAGCUACUAUCGAACUCAACUGACGACCAGGAAGACUACUCAUGGCAGCCCAAGGUACGAACCCAGUCCCGAUGUCGGAGGAAGCGCUUCUCCUGCGUACGGACGUGCGGCCCACUUAUCCUAGUGUCCUGCAUCUUUCUGUCGCUCGGAUUCAUGUACUGGCUGUACUUCGACAUCAGGCAACAGGUGGCCGAGUACCGGAUCCGCAUCGAGCAAGUGUCAGCCACUAGUCAAAAUGUGCCGGAAGCCUUACAAAAGUGGCACGAAACGUCGAAAAACCUCGAGCAAAACCAGACCGCCCUGAAUGGGAAAUUGCGCGAGAUUCAACAAGUGCUGAGCAAUUUCUCCACCGAGCUCAAACAGCUACGAGACACGAUAGAGAAAAAGAAAGAAAACUCCCAAGAAGCGCAGCUCAACAGCUUGAAGUCGAGCGUGGCCGGAUUGGGGUCCAAGAUUGAGGAUGCCCUCACUCGGAUAACGGCCCUGGAGGAUCAGCACACCAAGGAUCAAGGCGAGCAGAAGACGCUCCGGAAGAGCGUGGAUGAUUUACAGGUUCUUCUCAACCAGGUGCGCAACAAUUCCACGCCGACUUCGAUGGACAAUACGCUGAACAACGCGACGGAGCAAACGAUUGCCAACAUUCGGGAGCAACUCACUGCUCAGAUCGACAACAUGUCGCAGAACUUCACCGGCGAACUGCAAGCGCUGAAGCAGAAGAACGGCUGGCUGGACCGGGACCUGCGCAGCCACAAAACCAGCAUCGACGAGUUGAUCGAGAACUCGGCCAACGUUUCCUCGCACGUCAAGUCCGUGGAGAACAUCUGGGUGGAUAUGAAGGCAAACCUGACGAGUUUGGAGGGUAGUGCCAAGCAGAUGAGCGAACAGAUCGAGGCGCUGCAGAACGCUACCAACGGGCUCAAGGGCAGCUUGGGAACGGUUCGCGAGCAGUGCGACCAGUACGGUGGACAAAACCAUGUGAUAAACGGCGAAAUCGAAGCCAUCAAGGCGCGGCUGGAGAAAGCGGAAAGGCGAGAGGUGGCACCGACGAGCGCUUCUGUGAAUAGCACGGAUACUGACAGGGACGCUAUUUCGAAGCUGCACCAGCUGUUCGACAGUUCGCCAACUCAGUCGACGUCGCAAGCGGCGGGAGGCGCCGAACCGGAAUCGCCUACAAGUCGGCAACCGGCAACGGCAGCAGCGCCAUCUGGCGGAAGCCCAAGCAUCAGUAGUAGUAGUAGCAGCGGCGUCGCUACCCCUACAACGGCCGCUAGUCCCAGUUCGAACAAAAAGACCGAGCCCAGUCCGAACGGUGGAGCCGGAAUGUAAAUAGGAGGUUAGAAAAUUAAUUACGAGACAUGAUGGGUUUGACGCCAUCUUUGUGUCGUGUCGAUUUUGCCAAUUUUAACUCUUUCCACACAUACACACAUAGAUUCAUAUUUGGAUGGGAAUUGUUGUUGAACUGUUGCUGGAAUGGUGUUAACGCUAAAAUUAACUCUUCAAGAAGUUCUGCCGUUCAAAGUGUGCAGAUCAACUAUAAAUCUUUAAAGGCAGUAGCAUUUGACAGUGACACAUUACACAUAAAAUUUCGAAAAGUUUGUCUUCAAUCUCGGACGCCCUUGUUGCGUGUUCGUGUGUUUCAAACAAAGCAUGCCAAGUAUUCGACAAAAUUCAUAAAUUUUGGACGCCAUUUUUAUCUCGUACCUCUUUUUUGAAAGGAUCACAAUUAUGAUAACCAGAGCAACAGUUCAACGUUCAACAGUGAUUCUCAUUCUCAUGAACAUACAGCAGAAACGUGUAUUUACGGGAACGCUGAAAGCGGUCUGUUUGAAAGAAAACAAAAAAAGAUACAGUUAGAAUAAUCUGUAACAUUAGCGAAACAAACAAUUCGUCAAUGCAAAUUGCAGCACGUGUUGAUUAAGUUUUAGCGUUAUGAACCAAAGUUGUGUUUAUUUUUAUAUUUUUACAUAUUUUUACCUUUUGAGUGUAGAUGAAACUGCGAUGGUUAACUAUAGUACUGAGAAGGUUUUUUUCCUGAUUAAUGAAAAAAACAAUUGAAAUACCUAGUUUUCCUAAAUACAUAGAAACAAUGGCAGCCAACGACGAUGAUAUUAUGCCGGUAAAUACAUGUAGAUCAAAAAUUCUAGUUCAUACUUAGUGAGUGGACGAAACAAAAAAAAUGGCCACAGUAAAACGUCAGCGAACAAUAACAAAUCAAAGCUAGAGGGAUCCACAGAAGUGUGCAAUCUAUAAUACUUUGUUUGAAUAAUUAGCUAAAAAGAAACGAGUAAAAAUCUUGAGAUUUCUAUUUCCCUAACCCAGUCCAAAGCCGGUAGAAGUCGAAUUAAAUUUUAGUAACAUCGAAUUUCUACAAAUUCAAUCAAAUUCUAUAACUGUAACUGUGACAGUAGGAACGAAGCGACAAAACAAGUGACAAAAACUUAAAAUGCAAAAAAAAAGAAUGUUUCCCUGUUAUGUGAGAGUACCUAAGUAAAUCUGUAAGAAUAACAUAAUAUGUAUGAAGCAAAUCGAGAGCAAUGCAAAUCACAAGCAUGAUUUCCAUUGGCGUGAGAUAGAGUUUAGAUGCCGUAGCAUAUUCAAAUGAUGGCCGCUAUAACGUUCUUAUUGAUCCUGUGCACUAUCUAUCCAAAAAACACGUUUAAGCCUACCAAAUAACCAAAACCAAAUCCAUAGCAGCUAUUUCCACAUUUUUGCAGGAAUCAGGAAGCAAAAAGAAGAUCGGCAGUCGAAGUUCGCGCAAAACUGAUUAAUCGUGUACCAAACUUUGACAGCUGCUCGAAUUAACAUUCACAGUGUUGUGGUUGCUGAGAUUUCUUUUUGCUUCUCGAUUUCCUAAGCUGAUCCUCGUCUCUAAAUUAGAGCUUAAUACAAAGCGAUACUCAAAACAAAUUGUAGCAAGCACUCAAAUGGCAUUUCUGUUGCAAUCACUUCUGCAAAAACCAAACAAAUAAAAGAACAACACGCCAAACACAAAAACGAAGCGGCUAUUAGAGUGCUUAGAUACACGCAGUGUCUUUUCGAUUCGGCGAAGCUAAAUUUACGCAAAUCAAGUUGGCAACACUCACGAAAACGCACCUUUUGUAGCAUCACAAAGCAAGCGGCAUUUUUGUACUUAGUUGCAGUAGGAUUUUGAUUCGAAAAAUGGUCAAAUCACAAUUAGCUACAUCUUUUUUUCGUACGGCACCAGGUACUCGUUCGUAGGCAAAAUAUAGUUACAUAUAGAGAGCGGGUAAAAACAAAAAGAAACAAAACAAACUGAAAAUUGCGAAGAAACGUUUGCAUUCUCUGUAGAUACAGUACCUACCUACCUACCUUUCGAAACCGAUUCAUCUUGCUGCUUGCGAUCCCCCCAGAGAGCAAAAUAUAUAAACAAAGACACAUUCAAUUCCAACAA